UUUGUAGUUUUGAUGUUUCGAGUUCACUUUCUAUUUGACUACAUACAGCACACUGUGAUGUAUAUGUGUUAUUUCUUAAUGGAUGACUGCAUUAUAUCUUGAUAACAGUUUCAUCAUUAUCAACAAGAAUAAUUGAAUUGAAUAAAACAAAUUAUCAUCAAUUUAUUAUUGAUCUCAUGUCCACUCCAAACGGUGGACUUGCACUGGCCUCAGCGUUAGCUGGUAUCUUAGGCUUACCAUUUUUACCAUCACCAAUAUUGUCAACAUCUUUAAAUAAUCCUACAACAACAACAACAACAAUAGUGGAUACAUCUACAGCUGUAUCAGAUAUGACAACUUUUUUCAAUCUCCAUCAUCAGGAAAAAGAUGAAGAACAACAACAUCAACAAUCUCAGUCGUCUAUCCUACCAUUAUGGCUUACUUCAUGUAAUUAUCAAAACUCUGACUGUAAAACUUCAAAUGGUCAAAUGGAUCCAUUCAGUCCAAUUAACACCAUUACUACCACUACCACUACUACUACUACUACUAUUGGUAAAAAUAAUGACAAUAGGAAUAAAACAUCAAAUAAUGAACCAUUGAAUAUUAAUUCACUUUACGAUACUACCAAUAUUGACUAUAAUAAUAACAAUAAUAGUAAUAAUAAUGAUAAUAUCAUUAAUAAUUUCUCAUUUAUUUUACCCUCUCAACAGACAUGCUCUGAUGUAUCCUCAGAUACAGGGUCUGUGCAAUCUCCAUACACUCCAGUACAACAAAUAAAUCAAUCUGGCAAUUCGAAUAUGAUUGAUUCAACAUAUUCAUCAAAUCAUCAUCAUCAUCAUCAUAAGUUGACAGCUUCAUCAAUAAUGACGACACCAGUAACAUCAGGGAUAACAACAUCAUUAAAUCUUGAUACUUCUACUAUGAAUAGUGUUAAUGAACGUGAUCGUAAACAACGUGAAUUUAUACCAGAUUCUAAAAAAGAUGAUAAAUAUUGGGAACGUCGACGUAAGAAUAAUGAAGCAGCUAAACGUUCUCGUGAAAAACGUCGACAAAAUGAUAUACUCAUGGAAUGUCGUAUUAAUCAAUUGAAUGCACAAAAUCAAAAACUUCAUCAUAAUCUAUUAGAGUUGAAAUUACGUUUCGGUGUACCAUUAGAUGAUGAAGAUAGAAAAUUUAUGGAUAAUUUAUCAUCAUCUUCACCUAAUGGAGGAUAUGAUGAUCAUAAUACUAAUGCUAAUAAUAACAAUAAUAAUAAUAAUAGUGAUACUGAGAUGAAAUAUUCUGAAGUUGAUUGUUGUAUGCUAUCGACAACAAAAUCACGAAAUGAUUCAUUAUCUAUAGACGAUUCACAGAAUGAGAUAAUUGUAAAAGGUGAUACAUUAUCACCAAUGUCUUCUUUAACGACAGGACAACUGCCAACAUCUACAAUGACAGUGACACCAAUGACAGCGACAAACCUAAUGAUACCAUCAUCAUUAUCCUCAUCCUCAUUGUCAAUGACAACAACACCUUCAUCAUUAUCAUCUUUGCCAACUUCAUUACAACAAUCGAAUAUGAAUGGGAUUCAAAUGAAUUCAGAUCAAAUGAGUAUCAAUCUGAUGACUACAUGCACAACACCAUCAAUUGUGCCUAACACUCAUUCAAUACCUAGUAAUCUCCUUUUCCCUCAGUUAAAUUCAUUAGAUAAUACAGAUUUGUUAACAUUGAAACGUAUAUUUUCUAGCCUAGGUGUCGGAUGUUUAUCACCAACUACCUCAUCAGUGAACCAUCCAUCCACGACACCGUUAAUUGCUGCAGCAGCAGCUGCGGCAGCUGCUGCAGCUGUUGCCUCAAAUGGUGGCAUUCCUUUAUCACCGAUCCCUGGUAACACUUGUACCAGUGUAUGUACAACAUCUACAAGUGUACCAUUUAAUAACUUAACAUCAUUGAAUGCAACAGCUGCUAUGUUACUCAGACAAGCUGCUCUAAUACCACCAUCUACCCCUCCACCUCCAUCUCUUCCUCAUCCUCCUCUUCAACAUCAGGUUACCACUAGUAAUUGUGGAUCAAAUGAGAUUAAUUCAAGUCUGCCUAACAAAUUGCCAACUUCAACAUCAGUAUUACCAUUGGGCAGUCGGUGUUCAUCAGUACCCAUGGUGAAAUCAGAUAUAUGCCAUAAUUCAAAUGAGUAUUUCGAAUCUCCACUAGAUCUCAGUCUUUGUUUACACGUGAAAACAGAGAAUAACAAUUCUGAACUUGUUCUAAGCGAUUCAACCAUCACAUCGGAUUCAAUGACUAUGGAUAAACGUUAUCAAGAUCGUCGACGUCGUAAUAAUGAAGCCGUACGUCGAUGUCGUGAAAAUAAACGAGCACGUAUGCUAGGACGUACAGAGACAACAGAAAAACUGCAUAAUGAAAAUCGUUGUCUACGUAGUGAACUAAGUGGAUUAAGUAUGGAAGUGAAAGCUUUACGUAGACUACUUUCAGUCAGUGGAAAACAAUCGAAUACACCAUCUGAUGAUAGUAGUAAUACUAAAACCAAACAGAACACUAAUAAUGGGAUUAGUAUGGAUUAUUUCAGUGAUGAUGAUAAUGAUGACAUAUCAUCAGUGACGAGAAAACUAUCAAAGAGGGUAAGAACAAAACUAGACUAUCAUAAGUCUAAAAAUUGUUUCUCAUUCUCAUCAUCACCGCUUCAUCCACCACCACCACCACCACCACCACCCUCUUCAUCACCACAACCAUCAACAGUAACAAUGAUAAACAAUUCAAUUGUAGAGGCAAAUUGUCCUUCAACAUGUUACAAUGAUGAUAACAAAGAUAAUCAUUGUAGUAUCACUCAAGAUUAUGCCAACAACACUGAUGUUGAUGAUGAGAUGAAAGUUAUCAAAGAGAAUGUGGACGAUGAUAUUGAAAUGCCCAUAUUAACUAUGAAUGUAAAUAAUACUUCUAGUGAUGAAUUACAAAGUAAACAUGAAAAACAUAUCGAUUAUUUCAAGAAUACAUCAUCCUCAUCAUCAAAUUGUUUAGAUGAUCACCUCAGUAAUAAAAUCGAGCAACCAUCAUCACAUGAGAAACAUUCCAGUAAUAUUAAUCCAACCGAGAUGACCAUUCCUGCUGAACAGUUAACCACUAUGAAUACCCUUGCUAGUACUACUAGUAGUAAUGUCAGUAGUAAGAAUGAAUUAACACCAAUAAUUGAUAAAUGUCAAUCAGAAUUAAUUGAUCACAACGAAAAUGUGCUUACUUCUAAUCCUUCUAUGAAUACAAAUGUCAAUAGUAGUGAAGACAGUAAUCAAACUGUUCUCAUGGCAGCAACAGUAGCUGAUGUAUUGAAUUGUGUACAUAAUGAUACGAAUAGUUCUAGUAAUCUUGAUGAUAAUAUAAAUAAUAAGACAGAUGAUAAUGAACAACCGCCACCUCUUGUUAUUCUACGUGGACGUCGACGUACUACACUGAAAUCAUCAAUUCCAAGUAAUAAAACCUUGAGAAGUAAUGAUAUUAAUCAUCACACAAAUCAUACUACUGACACAACAACUACUGAUAUUACUCUUACUAGUAGUAGUAGUGGUAAUGUGAAGGAUGAUAAUACAGUGAAUACAUCUCUCCUUUCUGGUAUCCAUCAUACACAUUCUGUUAUAUCACCAUCUAAUAAUAAUGAGAAUAGUGCUCAGGAUUCACAUAUACUGUCUGAGAAAUCUAUUUACUUUCAAAUAAACAAAGAAUAUACGACAACACGAAAUUCAGGGAAAGAAGAUAGUAUUUUAACUUAGGCAUUUAUUUGUUUCAUUAUUUACCGUAUUUCUACUUACUACUACUAGUAUGAAAUGAGUAGUAUUUUUUUUGGGUUUUUCUUCUUUUAUGUUAUCAUUAAUAUUAAUAUUUAUUACUGUUGUUAUAUAUAUUACUAUUUUCCAUUUUUAAACUGGUUUUUAUACACACAUUAUAAUUCCAAACUUAUUCAUUCCUAUUACUUUCUGGAGUUUUUUUUCCCAGGUUUCGAUUAUCUACACACAUCAUUAGUCUGUCUAUCUACUCAUUUUAUCUUCAUUUUUUAUUUAUUCAAUGAAGGGCAUCAUUUAAAUUUCGCGUGUUUUGAUACCUUUUUCUUCCUCCAUCUUUUUAUUGUCCUUUGUGUUCAUAUUGAACACAUUGAACCAAUUUAUUUUUUUUUCACCACCUGUUGAAUCAUUGAAUGGUAUUCUUUUUUGAAAGAUGAUGCUGAUUGGCUGAAUAAUUCAGUGAGAAAUUAACAAAAGUAUGCUGUCAGUUGAAACAAUUUCUUCCUUGUUUGCUCUUUGAAAAUUUCUUUCUUUGGUUCAUUUCAUCUUGAUUCUUUCUUCGUCUUUACAAUGUUUAUCUAUGGGAUGUUCCAGUUGAUGGUUUUGCUAGCUCAUUAUUGGUACUUUGAGCUUGUUUGUACACCUUACAGUUGAACAAUUUAUUCCCAUCUCUUGAUCCCUACUAUUCUUAACAACAAUGAUGAUAACAAUAAACAGGUGAUACUGCUAUGGAUAAAGUGUAUUGACACAUAACGAUGAGUUGAUUGACUAGUAUUGCGACUACUACUACUACUACUUAUACUACUGAUGACGAAAAUAAGUAGUAACUACCAUCCGUUAUUCUUAUUCUUAUAAUAUGUAUUUUUACCCCGUGUAUUAUUGUUUUGUCUUUUGCGAAGAAUGCAGAUGGCAGACUGAACUAGUUGAUGACAGAUAGAAGCAAUGUGUUCCAGAGAAAGAAUAAAACACCGAUGAACAAAUUCGCUCAUAUCCCAUGACAUGUAGAGAUAAUUUACACAAUAAAUAAAUAUGAAUAUGUUAUGAACCCCAUGAGCAAGCAAGAAUAGUAGCGUCUUAGUUUAUGCUUCCCUUUUCUACGAAACGUAUUGAUCUUCUUUUUUCCCCCUGUUGUUUUUAUCUUUCUAACAAUAUUGAAAGGUGUUCCUGCAUUGUAGUUGACGUUGUUGCCAACGAUCGGAUAUAUGAAUUACCUCAAAUUCUAAUGUAUCAACGAAGUCAUUUAUGCACUAUUCAAUUGAUUUGUUGCUUGUUCAUUCUUUAACAACCUACUUUCAUUCCUCAUCAUCUUUAAAUCAUUCUCUUUGUCAUUUAAACAUCUCCGUUUUAUGCGUAGAGUGAAUGGUACAGUUGAAAAGCCAGCAGCAUUUUUGUUUUCUUUUCUUGUCUAGGUCUAUCUGUAAUAGCUGCUAAAAUAGCAGAUAAGCAUAUUUUUUAUUGUGAAGAAAAGUGAAAUUGUAAUAAUGAAGAAAUAAGCGCCAGUUAUGUUGUUCACCGCCUCUUUCUAUGUAUCUGUGUCUUUUUACAUAUAAAAAUGUGUGUGUGUAUGUGUGUUUUGAUGUUUAGAAUACUUUCAGGUAUCCUCUCCGCUCUCCCCCCCCACCCCUCUUUAUCUUCUUAUCCUUAGUAUUCACGUCUUGUCUACAGCUCUGUUACAUCUGUAGGCCUUCAUCUGAGAGUGUAUACCAAAACAUAUUACUAUUAGGUAAUUAUUAAUGAUUACCACUAUUAUUUUCUUAAUUUUUAUCUACUACUACUUAUCAAUAACGUGCUCAUACAUUCCUAUGGGUUGUUUGCUUUCUCGAAUUCCAAAUGAACCCAACUACUGACACAUAGACACACACACACACACAUACACAUCACAGAGUAGUAGGUCAAUUUGAAAAGGAAUUAUGUAUUUUUAGACUAUUUGCACGAUGUUUGUAAUAUCAUAAUUGAUUGUUUGUGUUCCUAUGUCCCCCUUCCUUCAGCUGCCCCGUCUAUCAUAUGUACGUUUGCAGUAGCAAAUAGAACGGGAACAAUAACAUCAAUAACAAAGUUAUUAUGAUAUCAUAAACUGUGCAUUUUAUCACCGGUGUUUUGUGAUGCUGAUAACGAUGAUUAGUCUUUAUUCUGUGUAUUCGUGUAUCUAUCUAUCUAUCUAUCCUCUUUAACUAUUUCUCAUUCAAUGUGCUCAACAUCCCCCCUUUGUUUGUAUCAUUCCUGUUUUAUUUCUUUUGUUAUUAUUGUUAUUAUUAUUAUUAUUAUCAUUAUUGAAUAAUAAUAAAACUUUUCGUUUUUUAUAA